AACAGCAAAAUAUUUGAUCUCGGGGAGCAAACACAGUUAUGUCGCCGCAGACACGCUGACACUAUGGAGAAUCUUGACCACCUCAAGGAGCAGCUUGGGCUAAUCCCAUGGUGUCAGCACCUCCUCAGAGACGAGAAUCUCGUUGCUGAAAUACCUACGGGCAGGCGAAUCAAGAGGACCCGAGAAGACGCUGCAUUUUCAUAUACGUUGAACACCAAAGACACAAUCCCACUAUACGUUGUGUUGUACCAGCCACCGCGGCAGCCCGGCAUCCCGAUCAGAGAAGUCAAGGGAAUCUUGAAGCUUGCGGGCGGUCUCAAUGGCUUCCCAGAUGUCUGUCAUGGAGGCAUCGUGGCGACCAUCUUGGACGAGGUCAUGGGGGAGGUCAUCAACGUCAAUCUCAGGAACCGGACCGUUUUGCGCACAUCGUAUAUGACAGCCUACAUCAACACGACCUAUCUGAAGCCCGUGAAGACACCUGGGACAGUCCUGGCAAGGGCAUGGAUCAACAAGAUCGAUGGGAAGAAGCUCUACGAAUCAGCGACGAUCGAAGACGGAGAAGGGACGGUUCUUGCAAAGGCAGAGGCAUUGUUCAUCGGACUGAACCAAAAGCUGUGAGAUUUCCUGUGCUGGACGACGUUUUAGACGAAGGCUUCAAGGCAUGACCCCCGGGAGGAGUACCACUCUCCGAUGCACCGAAUGUAAGCCGAGCACAUCUCGGCCUGGGCACGAGGACUUCAGGAUAUGUAUACGAAUGUUAUUCCUGCCAUAUUAGAGGGCGAUAUAAUGCAGAGCUUGGCUACCAACACCGAGAUACCUAGCUCGAGGGUCAUUAUGGUCGUCUUCCAUUGCAACAGGCGCAAGCUCCGAGGUUGAGGGGUGGGAAUACAAGAGGUCUCGAGACAGUCAGCCCCGUUUUAAGCCUUUUGGAACAGCUCGCUACUGAUUGGUCAACCAUACCCCACAAUGCGUUUAUCGCGAAAACUCA